AAUACAUAUUUUUCUUACAAUUAAUUGAUUAUAAAAUCAUAAAAAUAAAAAUUCAAAUAUCAUAAAAGAUAAUUUGAAUAAAGGAAUCAAAAAUGGCAGAUGAGGUAACAUUAGUUGAUGCAACUAAUGACACUACAUUUCCACCCGUUGAAAUUGAUGGAGAAUUAAAUCCAGGCAAUAAUACUGAAUUUCAUGUUGAUUCUGUAUCUUCACAGUUAGAUAAGGGACCAACAAAACAAAGGAAGCCUAAAGCAAAGAAGCAAUGUCCAAAGAACGAUCCAAUGCAAGCAUUCAAGACAACUAUCAUUGUAUCAGGGAUAGUCUUGGCUGUAGCUGGUGCUAUCUUCGCAAUCACCAAAAAGUUGAAAGAAAAAUAAAUUUAAUGGACAUUUAAUAAUCACAAAAAUACAUUUUUUUUAAUUAAUUACUUAUUCAUUGAUCAUGAUUUUUGAGGUUGUAUUUGUGAUUUUAUGGAAUUUAUUUAUACAUGUCUAGAAGAUUAUAUUUCUCACAUUUUUUGUCAAAUAUUAGAGAAAGAAAUCAAAUGUAAUUUCACCCUAAAA